AUGUCCUAUUCAAAACAAAAACAAAUUACAAUUGGUAAUUCAAUGGAAAGAUUCAACAUUUCACUUAAUGAUAUUGGAAAAAUAAUAUAUUAUUUAAAUCGUGUUUGUCAUUGUAUUAGUUUUAAUGAUUUAAAUGAAUAUACGAAUUAUUUCAAUUAUUCAUCUUUAUCUCAUGAAGAUCAACAAUUUAUAUUUUCCUUGGCUCUUUGUUUAAGUCCAGAUUUAUUUAUUGGAAAAAUUUUCUUUCCCGACGAUAAAUUAUCUGACUAUGGAAAAGAAAAAUUCUGUCAAAUCGGUUGUUCAUCAAUACUUCCUUCACCAGUCAUCAUCAAUGGAGAAACAUAUCAGACUAAAAGAAUAUUUAUUUUUCAUGAAAAAUGGUUAAAUGAAUAUUAUUUAGAUCCUAUGAAUAAACUCGCACAACAAUUUCGUUGUCAACAACGAUCAAGAAAAUAUUGUUUGGUUACAUAG